UGAUCAAGUAUUUUUCCUGCUAUAUGGAUUUGAAACAUAUUUAAAUAACGAUAAGUCUUAAGUUCUCUAUGAAUUUGAAAACUCGGCCUUGAAGUUGUAAAGUUGUUAGGUAACUUGUACAAUAAAAAAAUGCUGGAAUUGAAGUGGUGACGCAUCAAUUUGAAGACGUUUUAAUUGUGUUUCAUUAAUAGUUUCAUCAUGGAGAUUUGCCACUUUGUGGUAGUUCUUUGUCUGAUGUUUGUGCAAGCUCAAAUUGUCUUAGCACAGGAGUGUUCAACAUGCAAAUACGCAUCAUGUACAAGUAGAGGCUACUGUUAUAACGGAUGUAUAGACGGAUAUUAUGGAAACAAUUGUAUAUACAAAUGUAUUACUCCGAACUGCAAAAGCUGCCAUCAAUCUUAUGGUAGAAUUUAUUGUUCACAAUGCAAAUAUGGAUACUAUUUGAAAAAUAAUAUUUGUCAUAAUUGUGGAUCACAAUGCAAAUUAUGCUCUAUAUACAGUUGUCAAUCGUGUUAUGACGGCUACUGGGGAAAUACAUGUGAAAACAACUGCUAUGAAAGUUGUGCAUCGUGCAGCAAAUCGAAUGGUUAUUGUUUCUCAUGUGAGCCAGGAUACUACGUACAUAAUGGCAAUUGUUACCCUUGUGACACACACUGUGCUGUAUGUAGUGCAACCUUGUGUACAUCGUGUCGUGACGGCUACUGGGGAAAUAAAUGUGAAAACAGCUGUACUGGUAGAUGUUCAUUAUGCCAAAAAUCGAAUGGUGGUUGUCUGUCAUGUAAGCCUGGCUAUAUGGGAAGCACUUGUGAUGAUCUCUGUGUCGAAUAUUGCUUGGAGUGUGACCGAUUAAAUGGUAAUUGUAUAUCAUGUGAUAAAAGUCAUUGGGGAUAUGCAUGCGAUGCGUGUAAUGUUCAAUGUAAAAUAUGUAAUCAGUCAAAUGGAUGUUUGGAAUGUAAUGUUGGUUACUAUGGCCAAACAUGUGACAAAGACUGCGGAGUUUAUUGUCAAAACUGUGACAGAAUAAAUGGUUGCCUACAAUGUCUACCAGGAUAUUACAAACACAAUAAUAUGUGUGCAGAGUGUUCGUAUAGAUCCAACGGAUGCACAUGCACAAGCAAUGUACAAUGCAGUGGAUGUGUAUAUGGAUAUUUUCUCAACCCUUCAUUGUGUUCAAAAUGUCCUGAGUACUGUUCUAAUUGUAAUAAGUCUUUAUCCGGUCAAACAGUAUGCACCUCCUGUACUGCCGGUACGUUUGGAGAGACCUGUCAAUAUAUUUGUUCUCAGGAUUGUGAAAACGGAUAUUGUGAUGAGAAAAAUCCUGAUGAAACCUGUAGCCAGUGUGCGAAUGGAAGAUUUGGAGAGAAAUGUGAGCAUUUUUGUUCACUUGGAUGCGAAUCGCGUAAUUGCACGAAAGAAACUGGCUCUUGUACCUGCAAAGCUGGAUGGAACGGUCAAAGAUGUCAAACAUUCAUUCAGACAAAACCAGAAAAGCAAACGACACCUACUGCACUGGGUGGGGUUAUUGGAUGCGGGAUUGUGGCUCUUUCUGCCAUUGUGUUCCUUGCACUGUUUCUGUUUCGAAGAAGAAAGGUAAAUUUGAGCAAUAAAAGUAAAACAAAUGAAAAAGAACCUGAGAACCCCUGCGCAUUGUACGCAACAGUGAACAAAGGAAGAGUUUCCACAGCGGAGUACACUUUUGGAGAUUCUAACAAUAUGCACUCUGUUACCAUCAUAAAAAGCCCCAAUUCACCACCGAACAGGUCCGGAGUGGAAACGACGCAUAUUUUUAUAGAAGAUAAUCUUGAAAUUGACGAAGAUGAUGCUUCUGCCAGGGAAUUUGCAGUAAUAUUUGAGGAAAAUGGAGGUGUUUAUUAUAACAACGCCGAAAAGUUUAGAACAAUCAAACUGCCUGUGACCGGUCUACCACAAUAUGUACUAAAUAUUCGUUUGAAAGACCUAGAGGAAGAAUUUCAGAAAAUCCCAUACGGUCUUGUGAAAUCCUAUGAAGUUUCCCAAAUGACACUUAACAUGCACAGUAAUAGAUACAAAGGAAUCUAUCCGUAUGAUGAUUCUCGAGUUAUUGUACGCGAUGGAGAAACAGACUACAUUAAUGCAAGCUAUAUGGACGGAUUCAGAAGGCGCAAUGCAUAUAUUGCUACUUUGGGUCCAAUGGCUAAGCAGCUUGGCGAUUUCGGCCAAUUCUGGCGAAUGAUCUGGCAACAGGAUGUGGAGAAGAUCGUCAUGGUGACCAAUUUGGUAGAGGGUGAGAACAUAAAAUGCGAGCAAUAUUGGCCGGACCAUCAUCAAAGUAAACUAUACGACGAUAUAGAAGUUGUGUGCAAGGUUGAAAAACUGUACGCAGAUUAUAUUUGGAGACAAUUUACGCUUUCUCAGAACUCUGAAGAAAGAAGUCUACAUCAUCUACAGUUCACGAGCUGGCCAGACAAGGACAUCCCUGAUGAUGUCACAUCAAUUAUUGAGUUAAGACAGAGAGUGAGCGCCUUGCCGAGUACCCUCAACGGACCAGUAGUUGUGCAUUGCAGUGCUGGUGUUGGCCGAACGGGCACAUACAUAGCUUUAGACAUUCUGACAAAGGAGGGUGAGGUAGAAGGAGCAAUAGAUAUACCUGGAUGUGUCCUUAACAUGAGACAGAACAGGCCAAACAUGAUUCAGACUUUGAGUCAAUACAAGUAUCUUCACCAAGCUUUGGUUUAUGCAUUGACUCUUAUGGACUCGGUGGUAAAACGGGAACACUUCCAUGAAUAUAUGGAGAAAUCCGGAAAAGAGGAGAUAAAGAAGCAGUUUGAGAAAAUGGAAUUAGCCCGGGAACAGAUGUCCGAUAAGGAAGUACAGGCUACGGAAAGGAAUCGGCUACUCACGAAAAAGAACAGGAAACACGCGGAUAUACCAGGUGACUCCAACAGACCGCGUCUCUCUCUGUGUUUACAACCCGGCGAGUCUGAUUACAUCAAUGCGAUAUACAUCAACAGUUUAAAAACAAAACACCGCUUCCUAGUUGCACAAACACCUCUGUCUGGCACAGUUGACGAUUUCAUUGCACUUGCUGUUCAAGAAAACUGUUCCUGUAUCGUUAGUAUGGAGGCACAUUUGGAAAAUCACAUCGGGAAGGGGAUUGGCUUAUGCUUUCCUGAUGAAAACCAAACAAUGAAGGCUGGUAUGGUUUCCGUACGAUCCACCACAGAUCAAAGUUCAAGACACUUUGUAAAAAGAAUGCUGCAUUUCGAACACGAGGAAAAGACCAAGAAAGAUGUGACCAUUCCACACUAUGAAUACCUAGACUGGGAUACAAAACACAAUGUUCCUAAGAAGCCCGAACACUUCGUUGCCUUCAUCAAAGAGGUUGAAGGCGUAUCCAAAUCAUCUCAUCCAAAUGGACCGAUACUGGUGCAUUGUCUGAACGGUGCUGAAAAGAGUGGCAUAUUUUGUGUUGUCUCGACAUUAAUUGAAACACUGAGUGAAGCUAAUGAAGUCAGUGUGGUCAAUGUCGUGAUGAAAGUCAGAGCUAGAAGACCGCUCGCUAUUCCAAAUAAGGAGCAGUUUUACUUUUGCCACGAGUGCGUUCUCCAUUCCGUGAACGCAACAGAUAACGCUGUGUAUUACAACAUAAGUGGGGAUAUCCAGAGGGAAUAAACAGUGCUGACAUAUUUUGAACAAUGAUAAAGGUCCUCCUACCAUUGACACGAACACAUGACUAUAUACGUUUGGUAGUUAUUUGAUGACAUGCUAAGCUUUGGCUUUUCAUGAUUUACAGAACAUUAGAAUUCCAUCUGUCAAUAUAAACAUUGCAUUGUAAAUAUCAUUGUAACUAUUUUCAUAAAAUCGUUCACUUUUUGGGGUGCUUUUCCAUUUUUGUACAAACAUCAAUCAAUUUUAUUUCAUUUUAUAACACAUUCACAAAGUCGAGAUAGUUUACCGUUGCCCGACACUCAUUUAAUGAAACUAACGCCUGAGUGGUUUAACUUUCGCGCCAAAACCCUAGUGACUACACAAAGGGCGGAUCUAUUGUGUCACCUUAGCGAACAUCAACUAAGUUAGAGUUCAUUUUGGCGAUUUUACCAUGUUGUAGAGUGUUGAAUUGUUUUGAUUUUGCACCCAAUGAUAACUGAACGAAAAAUAAGAAUGCUUAAGUAUUGUAUAAUCAUGUUAUAAAAAAUAUACUACAUCAAACAAUCGUGCUUAAAAUGAUACCAUGAGAGAGCUGAAAGGUUGAUUGCGCAACGAUUGUUACAUUCAAUUUAAAAAUCAACUUGAAAAGUGAAUGCAUGAUAUGUAGCUUUUCACGAAAAGCUAGUUAUACAUUGCGCAUGCCUUUUAUAAUUCAUGCUACUGUCGUCUGCAUGUUUUGCAUUAUGUAUUAAAUAUGCCAUGUUUUGUAUGUGCGCGCUUUUUACACUGAAAAUGUUUUGAAUACGUUUAACGUUAUCUUUAAAGAUGCACUCUUACUCCCAAAUAAGAUUUACCACAAAUAAUAAUAUUGUUUUAAUAUUCUAAAAAGUUAAGGAUUAAUUUAUCUAAAAAAUCAAUGGUUCUCAUGAAGCAUACCGAGUUUGAUUUGAAAGAAAUUUGCAUAAAACACAGUAUUUUUCUACCUUAUGAGACAAUAUAAGAUCUCAGUAAAUAUUUUAGCAUUCACCAAUCAUUUAAUAUUUUUUUGCGCUUUCUGCUAUUAAAUUCACGGUUACAAUCUUGUUAUCAGAAGUUAAUAUUUUCCAUAAAUGCAUUAUUUAGUAAAAAGUUUAAGAUUUAUCAGUAAAAAUUUAUGUUUGUUAUACAAGUGUAUGUAUUGAUUUUGAAGAAGAGUGUCACUUUAAAUAUUCGCGCUUUUAGAUAGUGUAGCUGUUUGUCAGUUCAUUUGAA